UCUGAACAAAUCAAUAAACGAUCAGCCUGUGGUUGAAGUGUCACGUGGUUUGGGUCACUGACAGCCGGGAGCGCACAUGGGUGACGACGCAAGGCCAGCCCUCUCCGGGGUCCCCUUGGUUAAAGCAUCAAACUUAAGCACCUCUGGAGAUCCCGAGGGGUUCACAUGAGAAGCAGCCAUCCUCCUGCCCACUGAGGGAAACCCCCCCACCCGCGCGCAGUCAUGUCCAAGUCCUUCUACGUCGACUCUUUAAUCAUCAAGGAUCCGGUGCGACCGGGACCGGCGGAGCCUCCGGGACAAGACUUCCUCCUGCCUGUCGGCAUGCACUCCCCGGGCGUGAUCACGGUCACCGCUCCGGUGUGCCCCUCCAGGAAGAGCGGCACUUUCUGCGUGUGCCCGCUCUGCGUCACGUCCCACAUCCAGUCGUCGCGCGGCGGCAUCCCGGUGCUGAAGAGUCAGUUCCCAGGGGUGGAGGCUCAGUUCUGUCAGAGGAUAGCCCAGCAGCAGGCUUCUGCGCUCGCGCACCCCGGACACACACCUGUCUGCACGCCCACCUUCGGCGUCACAGACCCGAGGAGGUACCACUGCCUUUCUGUGGGCAGCUCCGAGAACAUCCACGUGCAGAACGGCAAGAGGAUGCGCACGGCUUUCACCAGCACGCAGCUCCUGGAGCUGGAGCGGGAGUUCUCCGCCAACAUGUACCUGUCGCGGCUCAGGCGGAUCGAGAUCGCCACGUUUCUGAGCCUGUCUGAGAAGCAGGUGAAGAUCUGGUUCCAGAACCGCCGCGUGAAGCACAAGAAGGAGGGCAAAGCCACGCAGAGGAGCGCGCACGGCGGCUGCAAGUGCGCGAGCACUCACACUGACUACUCCCGGUCUGAGGACGACGAGUCUUUAUCUCCGGCCUCCGCCACAGAUGACAAGGUGUCACCUGUUUGAAGAGUCCCGCUCCUCACGCGCACCUCCUCUCUGCCCUGCAUGCUGCAGUUCUGCGUCACGGCAUCACGCAGCCCCCUGAGCCAAUUAUUCAAUAAAGAAAUCACCUGUUUGAUUAAAAAAAAGUGCUGAGAUUAUCCACUGUGUUCAUCCAAUAAAUAAUGUGACUGUAAAUGUUUGUAAAACAAAUGAAGCCCUUUGUAUUAAAAKAAAACCUCGUAAUUUUGGAUGGAAUACUUGUGCGUUUUUUUUAUUUUUUUUUUAUUUUUUUAUUAGUCUCAGAAAAUGUUGAUAAURACAGAUUCCACCAGUGAAAUGUACAAACUCCUCAGCCUAACAUGGAGCCUGUAAACAUGAAUAUGUGUAUUUAUUUGAAUAAACGAGUUGACCUAAAACGUG